CCCCAUGCUCUGUUGAACAAAAUUAAUGCGGCAGCUAGACCGGAGGAACAGCAGCGACUAUCUCAGAUCACCAUGCAACGAUCAAUUGCCGCACAUCUACUUCCCAUCCGUACAGUUGGUGUGCAAGGCGAUCAUCGGACAUAUAGCUAUGCUUGUGCCCUUUCCAGUUCCGCUCCACCGGAUUGGGAUGCACUAUCUUUUCUGGCUCAUCUUAUACCGCGUAUUUGUCACAACAUCAACCGUGUGGUGUACGUGUUUGGUCCUCAAGUGGCCUACCCGGUGAGCGACGUUACUGUAACCUACCUGCGCGAACCUGUUAUUCAGACAUUGCGUGAGGUGGACGAUCGUGUCACCCAAGUCCUACGUCAAGCCGGCUGUAUGGAGAAGAUUAGCCAGCUUCCCAUUGUGCUCAUUCCCAUCCACUUCGAUCGCGACCCGAGUCAAGUAGUCGCGACGCCAUCCAUGCUCCGAUCGGUUGUUCUUCGACCGGUUAUUACCACGGACUAUAUGACCGGCUUGGCUGCCAUCCCUGGGGUGGAUAUUCCUGAGACGGUUGUAUUCAAUAUGCAAAAGGCAGCUCAAUCAGUUCCGGGGAUCUCCCGUGUCCUGUACGAUCUUACUUCCAAACCACCAGCCACAAUCGAAUGGGAGUGA